AUGUUUGAUAACUCCAACUACCCCUUCAACUGUUUUAACUACGAUGGAGACGGAUACCCUUCCUCCAGCACAGACGAAGAGAAGAAAAUGUGUAGACCCGCUUACAGUGUGUGUGUGUGUGUGUGUGUGUGUGUCAGCUACAUAGCUCUGAUAGCCAUGGCCAUCCAGCAGAGCCCCGAGCAGCGGGUCACUCUGUCGGGCAUCUACGAGUUCAUCAUGAAGAGAUUUCCUUACUACCGCUCCAACCAGAGAGCAUGGCAGAACUCCAUCAGACACAACCUGUCUCUCAACAGCUGCUUCAUCAAGGUUCCUCGGACAGAGGGCAAUGAGAAGGGAAAGGGAAACUACUGGACUUUUGCCACCGGCUGUGAAUCCAUGCUCGACCUUUUUGAAAACGGCAAUUUUCGGCGUCGCCGGCGCAGGAGGAACAUGAAAAUCGGCUUACGUGAUGCAGGAGAAACCCCUUUCCACCCCUUGGAGAGCCACAGCAAUCAGCACGUACCCUCAGCUCGGCACCCAGAACCCGACUCUACCCUCUGCCCUUUGAACCCUGAGAGGCCAAGGCCGGGCCCCCGGCAAAACCACCUCAUCCCUAACCCCACCCAGCAGGGCAAACCAGAGUCAGAGAUCAAGUUUAGCAUUGACUACAUCCUAUCCACUCCAGAUCCACCUCUGCCUGGGUUCAGAUCCUCCCACGGCCCCGUUCACAUAGGGCCCACAGGGCCUCCCAUACAUGUCCUGGAGCCACAACAUCUGAACCUGCACUUCUGGACUCUGUAA